CCAGCCCUGAAUGUCUCUGGGCCGAGCACAGCACUCCUUGUUAUCUCCCCAGUUCUAUUAACAAGUCGUGAGCCAUUUGUGGAAUUCCUACUGCUACUCGUCCAGUCGCUAUCAUCGUUAUCAAACGGUUGUUUGACCGUGUAUGCAUGCGGAAGUGAAAGUGCUUCCAGGAAUUUGUUCUAGCAGCUAGACGCAUUCUUCCUUUGGUAACUAACACACAACUUUACAACUCGACUUCAGCUAUGGUCCAGUGGCAAACAAACCUCAAAACCCUCAAGGAGCGCGGUGCCCACAUGUACAACAAUCGCACGUUUAGCGAUGUGGAGUUUUCCGUGAUGAACGCUGACGGCGAAAAAGUCUCCAUUCCCGCUCACAAGUACGUACUUGCUACCUCAAGCCCUGUGUUCGAAGCCAUGUUCUUCGGCAAGCUGGCGGAGACUGGCUUUACCAUCGCUUUGCCUGACUGCAGUGCUGAAGGGAUGUUGGAAAUGUUGCGUUUUAUUUACACCGAGGAAAUUCGCUUUACGAUAAACAUUGCAGUGGAAGUGCUUUACCUCGCCAAGAAAUACAUCCUUCCUUGUUUAGAGGAAAGGUGUCAUGAAUAUUUCAAUGAAGAAAUGGGACCCGAUGACGUGCUUGCUGUUCUUCCCCAUGCAGUGAGACAGGCGGAUCAGGAAUUGCAAAUGAUUUGCUGGAAUCUUGUUGAGGAUCGAUCACAGGAGGUUCUGGAUUCGGAUGCCUUCUUGGGAAUCUCGCACGAGUUAGUGAAGGAAACGCUAGAUGGGGAGCUGUUUGCAGUGACCGAAUUGUCUGUGUUCCUGGCACUGAAUCGCUGGGCAGAACAUCAAGCCAAAAAACAAGGCAAGAGCUCUGAUGGAAAAACAAAACGAUCUCUUUUAGGAGAUGAGGUGAUCAAGACCAUUUGUUUCCCUGCAAUGACUGUGCAAGAAUUUGUUGGUGAGGUGCUCCCUACAGGCAUUCUUAAGAAAUCAGAAAUCGUCGAGUUGUUCACCUAUUUCAAUCUACCAGAAAAAUCCUCAAUUGAAUGCAAAUCUUCUGCAAGGUCAGGAAAGCAGAUAGAACCAAAUAUUGUGUGCAAGCGCUUUCCUAGUCCCUAUCUUUUAAGUAUUGGCCAAGGGAAAAAAUCUGAUGCCAUAUCAUUCACUGUUAGUAAGCCUGUGUACCUCUAUGCUGUGAGGCUAAUGGGCUCUACUGGAUAUAGUUAUAUGGUAAAGCUGUCAGUCUGCUGUAAAGAGACUGUUUGCAGUCAAGUGGCAGAGAAGACUUAUCAAGCCGUAUCAAUAGAAGGCAUUUCCCAUAGAUUUGAUGUGAAACUGGAUAAGCCUCUGUUCAUAAAGCCAGGUGUUCACUACACCAUCAAAGCUGAAAGCAAUGCCCCAAGUUACCCAAUGUCCCACAGUCAAUACGGGAUGGCAAGUGUCCAGUGUGGGAAUGUAACUGUCAAUUUCUUUGAUCACCCCAAUGACAACAGUGCCGGCACCACUGUACAGCAAGGUCAAUUCUCAGAUUUGCUCUUAUAUCAGAAACUUACAGGGGCGUAGCCAGGGGGGUGGCCUAGGGGCCCCCUUUUAGCAGCCAAAAAUACAGUAAAUUUAUGAGACAUCAUCUAAAUACAGUAGAAAACGCACUGAAAAUCCCUUUUAAGCCCGCGCCUGUUAAACAUCCUGGCUACGCCGCUGACCUAGCAAGGUAGCUGCUAUGAAACAAGUGAAAAAAAAAAUAGUUUAAAUGAUGGGCACUAAGCUUUACCCUAUUUUUUGGACAGUUGCAUGCUCAUUUAAAAAAAUGCCAAGAAAGAGAUUGUGACAUAAUACGAAAAUUGGUAGUUUUAGUUUAUACAUGUUGUUUUAUUACAGGUUAGGAUACCAGGCAUUUAGUUGAAGUAAUCUAAUAUGACAAACUGGCUGUGGUAUUGUAAUGUCAUACAUGUCGCUCUAUAAAUGCAAAAAGUUAGGACUACCAUGCAUUUACCAUGCAAUUUUAGACUUCGACCUAGUGGGCAUCUCAGCGGAAAUUAGGCUUUAUGCUUCAUUUGUUUUUUUAAAUUAGAACUCAAUUAUUCGGUUGACUGUAUAAUGAUAACUUCUUACUUAUUCCUCAAUUCCCUUUUUGGAUUUCGACUUAUCAAAGCUUUGUACUGUAUUGUAAGGAGGCCUAAAGGCUGAUUAGAUGAUUUAGUCAUAUGCCACUUGCCCGCAACACCUCUACAACUCAAGUUGUAUAUACCAACGCAUUUUGUAAUAAUCGACGCACUUUGUAAUAAACUUUGACGCACUAUAUAAUAA